GUUCCCGCGAGAACACACACAAAGCGUGUACUCCUGUUUGCCCGGACUUUAAAGCGAGUGCACAUAAUGCACGUUUGUGCCUGCGCUGCUUUACUUUAUUUGCGAUGGAAGCGGUGCGUGUUUUUCGCACUCGUGGAACGCUAGCUCAGCUAUGUCAUAACACCCGUUGUUUCCGACUCUUAUCGACUUUGACAGCGGGGAACAAGGGGCAAAAACUGCAGGACUCUAGGACUCGGACCCCUGUCGGCUUCUUUUAUAGGACUGUGAUGAUUUGUAAAGCACAUUUAAAUACAGCAUCAAGUACUUUGGACUCAUCUGAAAUAAAGAAGUUCCAGGCUUUGGCAAACAAAUGGUGGGAUCAACAUGGAGAGUUUGCUGCUCUUCAUUCUAUGAAUGACCUGAGGGUUCCUUUUGUGAGAGACAACCUGUUGAAUUUAAACGGUGCGAGAAAAUCUGGAUUUCCUUUAUCUGGCUAUAAAAUAUUAGAUGUGGGAUGUGGAGGAGGUUUGUUAAGUGAGCCUUUAGCAAGGUUAGGUGCAUGUGUCACUGGAAUUGAUCCUGUAGAAGAUAGUAUCAGAACUGCUCAGCUGCACAAAUCAUUUGACCCGUUUCUAGAUAAGCAUAUCCAUUACAAAGCCUGUACAUUAGAAGAUAUAACAGAGGAAGCAAUGGAGACGUUUGAUGGUGUUGUGGCAUCUGAAGUUGUAGAGCAUGUCAGUAAUGUAGAGAGUUUCAUCAAGUGUUGCCACAAAAUAUUAAAGCCUGAAGCUUCUCUUUUUAUCACAACCAUUAAUAAAACAAAAUUGUCCUAUGUGUUUGGCAUUCUGGUUUCUGAAAAUGUGCUGAAACUAUUACCAAAAGGUACCCAUGAGUGGGAGAAGUUUAUUAGUCCUGUGGAAUUGGAAAGAAUUAUGGAAUCAAAUGGCUUUUCUGUCAAGUCAAUUAAAGGAAUGUUGUAUAACCCUAUAUCUGGAUUAUGGAGCUGGAUUGACAGUACAGCAAUCAACUAUGCAGUUCAUGCUGUGAAAGAGAAAGUACCACCUGAGCCUGACUACUGCAGGUCUGAAGAUAAAGAUCAGCCAGAGGACCGGCUUUGAACUGCUUUUGCCUAAGGAAUGAUACAGCCUUUCAUUACCUUAUUUAAGAGGAUUUUUUCCUGUGAAUAAUUAUUUAUUUGUAAAAGAUGUGUGAUAUACCUACUAUUAUAAAUAUUUUCUUAA